AUGGCCGCUGCACACAAGUCUCUUCGUCUCGGUGACAUCGCCCCCGAUUUUGAGGCGGAGACCACCGCUGGGCCCAUCAAGUUCCACGAUUGGAUUGGAGAUUCAUGGGCAGUUUUGUUCUCCCAUCCAGGAGACUUCACCCCAGUCUGCACCACCGAGCUUGGAGAAGUUGCUCGCCGUGCCCCUGACUUCGCUGCUCGCAACGUCAAGGUGAUCGGUAUCUCAGCCAAUGGUCUCGAGGAACACCACAAAUGGGUGCAAGAUAUCAACGAUUUUGGCUCCAAAACGGCUCCCACUGAUGUCCAGUUCCCCAUCAUCGCCGAUGCUGACAGGAAGAUCUCUACUUUGUAUGACAUGCUUGACUAUCAAGAUGCCACAAACAAAGACGCGAAGGGCUUGCCGUUCACUAUCCGAACGGUCUUCGUCAUUGACCCUAAGAAGGUCAUUCGCCUAACACUUGCAUACCCCGCAUCCACUGGUCGUAACUUCGAUGAAAUCCUCCGAGUUAUUGACUCCUUACAACUUGGUGACAAGCACCGUAUCACUACCCCCGUCAACUGGAAGAAGGGCGAUGACGUGAUUGUCCACCCAUCUGUUACCAACGAAGAAGCCAAAACUCUGUUCCCAGAGCACACUGUACACAAGCCGUACUUGCGCACCACUCCUUUCAAAGUCUAA